GAAAUCGUUUUUGUGCUUUCUCUUCUCACUUUAAUACACAAAAUGUCUGCCCCUGUCGACACUGUUCCCGCUCACGUCGAGGAAACCCCUGCUCCUGCUGCUGUUGAAGAAACAACUGCUGCUCCUGCUGCCACCGAGGAAGCUCCUGUUGCCACUACUGAAGCUGUCAAGGAUGAAGAGCCUGCUCCUACUACUGCCGAGACUACAGCCCCUGCUCCCGAAACUGACGCCGCCGCCAAAGUUGAGGAGGCCAAGCCUGCAUGCUCAUUUAAAUUAGCUGCUCCUACCACUGAGGCUAAGCCUGUUGCUGCCAAGCCUGCUGCUACUGAUAAGAAGGUCAAGCGUUCUUCUACCAUUUUGCAAAAGAUCAAGGCUGGUUUCAAGAGCUUGAGCAACAACUCUAAGCCCAAGACUGCCACCGCCUCCAAGAAGGUCGAACCCAAGAAGGAUGUCGUUAAGCCUGCUGGUGACGCUGCUACUCCUGCUGCUGUUGCAGAUGCUGCCACUAAGCCUACCCCCGAGACUCCCCAGACUGAGGUUGCCGCUCCUGCUGCUACUGAACCCGAGACUGCUGAAGAGGCUCCCGUAGACCCUGCUACUGAAAUCAAGCCUGAGGAAGUUGCUGUUCCCGUCAUUGGUGGCACCAUGGGCCAUGCCGCAUAAGCUCUUUCAACCCUUAAGAUAUCUAGUUUUCUUCCCAAAACAAGCAGCCUCUAAUGAUAUAUUCUAUACGGUAUUUUUGUCCUAAAAUUGGGUGGCAUCUACAGAAUCAGCUCUUUUUUUGUAUCUCGUCUCGCGUCUAAUUUGUAAUACAGCUCAU